UACUUCACUAGUUCACUUCCCUUCCCCAAUUUGUUUUGUUGUUGGUUGUCGUCAAUACAUCAAUUUCACAUUUUCAUUAGCAUUAACAAUCUUCGUUCUUUGACAGUAUUUUACCAGAUUAGGCUAUUUCACUUAAAUUGUAGCCUAAUGACGAAUGACGAUAGAAGAAAUCAAUGAGUGUUGAGUGUUGAAGAAGGAGUAGUAUUGAGUGUGAUAGCAGUUGUUACAUUUGCAGGAAUUUACAAUUUAAAGUCCACAUGACAUGGAUAUUAUAAUUAUCUUAGCCUAAUUUGUUUCUUAUUUCGAAAAAUAACUUACCCAAAAUGUCAAAAGAUAUACGCUCAUUUUUUACGGUGAAGAACUCAAAAACUAGUCUUAAAAAUAAUGACCAAUCAAUAAAGUCCAAUCACAAGACUGGACAAAAGAAGCGGCCCAUCAUAAUUGAUUCAGAUGAAGAUGAAAAAAGUCCAGUCAAGAAUAAACGCAGCAAACCACUAGUUGAAGAUAAGAAACAAAAUAAUCAGAAGAAACAAGAAGUUCCUGCCACUAAAUCUAAGUAUUUUGAGUGUCAACAUGAUUUCAAGGAUCUUUUUGGUAGUGCUCCGGUAAAAAGAGAUAAUUCAAGAAAAAUAAUCAAGAGGGUUAUUACUAAAGAGCCUCAAGAAUUCCACAUUGAUGAAGACUUUGAAGCAGAGUUAGCCAAGUUGGAUGAUAUCUGGAGUGAAGAAAUUUGUAAAGAAGGAGAUAAGAAAGUUGAUGCAAAACAACAACAUGUAAACACAUUUAACGAGUCUCCAAAGAAAAGGGAUGUAGUGGAGACACAAAAUGGCAUCAUAAAAUCUCCUCGUAAAAGAAAAGCAGCCAUAGACCAUUAUCUAUCACCUGAGAAAAAAAUUAGGCCUACACCAGAUGAUAAUAAUGAAUGUGUUAAAGCUACUAAGCAAGAUGACCAUAAAAAAGAAUCUCCGAUAAAGAAUUUGAUGUCCAAAUAUUCAUCACCUACAAAGAGUCCUACUAGAAAGUCACCACGUAAAGAAAAGACACCAGAUAAAUCGCCAUACAAAAAACUGUCCAUUACCAAAAUCGGAAGCGAAACAGCAAAAGAUGAAAAGUCAACUAAAAUAGGCCUAUUGAACUUAAAGAACUCAAAUGCCAAACAAGACACGACACAAUCUGAAAUACCAAGUAUAUCACAGAAUAAAUUAUCACCUAAGACGAAUGAUUAUGUAAAAUUAGGUGAGAAAAUUGAACAGAAAAAUAUUUCUAGAAAAGAGACAGUUGAUAGAACGGAUAACGAAAGCAUAGGUUCGAGUGUUAAGGUUGAAGCAACGUCAACUUUAUCAUCAGGUCCAAGUAAUUUGUGGGUCGAAAGAUACAAACCUACUGCGACAAAACAGAUAAUAGGUCAACAUGGGGAGAAAAGUUGUGUCAAUAAAUUGAUCCAUUGGUUGAACAACUGGGAAAAGAACCAAUCAGGAACCAAGAAACUCGUCAAGCCAAGUCCAUGGGCCAAGAAUGAUGAUGGAGCGUUCUUCAAAGCUGCCUUGCUCUCCGGACCACCUGGUGUUGGCAAAACCACAUCAGCCCAUCUUGUCUGCAAAGAGCUUGGAUUCGACAUUGUGGAGUUCAACGCAUCCGAUACAAGAUCAAAGAGGUUGCUGCAUGAAGAGGUCUCAGAGUUGUUGUCCACAAAAUCACUCUCACCGUUUUUCACUGGCAAGGGAGACCAGGUGACCAAGAAGCAUGUGUUGUUGAUGGAUGAAGUUGAUGGCAUGGCAGGUAACGAGGACCGAGGGGGAGUCCAAGAGCUUAUAUCUUUGAUAAAGCAAUCUCGAGUUCCAGUCAUCUGCAUGUGUAAUGACCGCAACCACCCGAAGAUCCGCAGCCUCUCCAACUAUUGUUUCGACCUUCGAUUCAUCAAGCCUCGUGUGGAACAGAUCAGGGGAGCCAUGAUGUCUGUAUGUUUUAAAGAAAAGUUGAAAAUAAAACCUGAAGAACUGACAGAUAUAAUCACGAGUGCAAACCAAGACAUUCGCUUGAUCAUGAAUCAUCUGUCUAUGUUAUCAGUGCAGAAGACAAGUAUGGCAAACAGCUCGAAGCACAUCAAGCUGGGUCCAUGGGAUAUUGUAAAGAAGAUAUUCUCAGAGCAAGAUCAUCAAGCAAUGUCAAUCCACGACAAAUGUGACUUGUUCUUCCAUGAUUACAAUAUCACACCUCUAUUUGUGCAAGAAAAUUACUUGAACGCUGUCCCACACAAACCUGAAGGGAAAAACAAAAUUAAGAAAAUGCAACUGUUUGCUAAAGCCGCAACAAGUUUGAGCUACGGAGAUUUAACAGAAAAAAGUAUAAGAUCCAACAAUGCUUGGGGUCUCUUGCCAGUUCAGGCAAUCUUCAGUUCACUUGUGCCAGGAGAAGUCUUGGAAGGUCAUCUUGGCGCUCAGAUUAACUUUCCAGCUUGGUUUGGCAAGAACUCAAGACAGACCAAAAUGAAUAGACUCGUGCAAGAGCUGACUGUACAUUCCAGACUUAAGAUAUCAGGCAAUAGAGAGGCUAUGAACCUAGACUAUGUGUCGUCGCUAGGCAGUGCCAUCACCGGUCCGUUACUGCGUGACGGCACGGAUGGCGUGUCAACGGCGCUCGGAAUACUCAGUGAGUACUGUCUGGUACGGGAAGACUUGGAGAGCAUUACGGAACUAUCCACUUGGCCUGGAGGAAAGAACCAGUUCUCUGCAGUUGAUAGCAAGGUGAAAGCUGCGUUUACCAGAGCAUAUAAUAAAACCAGUGCACCUACUCCAUACGCUGCAGUUCCUAUCAAGAAAGGCCGAGGUGAUGUUGAUAACUCGGAUGGUCUAGGAGAAGAAGAAGAAUGUGCCGCGCCAGACUUAGAAGAUGAAGAGGAAGAAGGUCUCGAAGGCGAUGCCAUGAUCAUGGUUAAAAAGAAACCUGCAGGUAAGAAAGCUGACAAGGAAGUUCAACCUUCAACAUCUAAAGGAAGCAAGACUUCUAAAAGAGGGAAGAAAAAGUAAUUUUUGUUAGUAUUAAUUAUACUGUGUACAUUUGUAGAAUGAAAUUCGUUCAAGUUUAUACUAUUACAAAAUAUUAUGUUCAAUGUAAAUUUUAACUUUUUCAGGAUUAUUAUCUAUAUUUAUCUAUUUUUAUGAAGUCUAACUUAUAUAAGCCUUAUCUUAAGUUUAUACAAUUUUUGAGAAAGAUAAAGUAUGUUAUUUCAGGCAGAUGAAUAAAAUGUAAAACUAAACCAAAUCAUGAAAUUAGUAAAAAAAAUUGUUUGUGAAAUAGUUGUGCUAAUCUUUUGUUCAAACCAAUCACACCUUCAAGAGCUAAUUCACUGGCAUCUGAAAAUAACAGAGUGUAGAGAUAUUGUUAAGUUAAUACAAAUAAAUUCUUAAAGCCUUUAGUAACAGAAAAUCAUUUUAUCUUCCACAAAUUAUUAAAUAAUUAAUUAAUUGUCAAAUAUUAAUAUUACUUCAGUAACAUUAAACAUCAAUCAUUAAUGCCAUUAUUGGUAUAGUAUAUGAGAUCUUGGCUUUAGCUAGGAUAGGAUUAGCUCUGCCCGAUAAUGAUUUUAUGGUAAAAUAGUAACAAACAUGAGGAUUCUGUUUAAAUUGUAUUGUAUUACUGUGAUUUGAGGUUAAUUUUCUUAGUUAGUGGAGAAAAAGCAAUGACUAAUGAGAAAAUCUUCGGUGAAGGUGUGGUUGGUUUAAUUAUUGGAAAAACAUCAUAUUUUUAUGCCACUGGUAGGGUGUUUAAAAAAGAUAGCUCUACUUCACUUUUUCAAAACACCUAAACAAUUGAACGCUUGGUUAAAAUUGUUUCCUUAAGUUUUAUGUUAUAGCUUUAAUAAGGGCUGCAGUAUAUCAAUUUUAUGAAGUUGUUUUUACAAUAAAUAAUCCUGGUGAUUUGACAAA